AUGGCGAAGCUGCAGGCUAGCAUGUGGACUGGCGACCCCCUCGGCCUUGAUGAACAAAUUGCAGAGAUUGGAAAAGGGCAAGAUGAAGAUAACUUAAAGUACGGCAAGACUUAUAGCAGCCGCAUGAGUUCGAUCACCUACCGUAAAGACAGAGCUGCGGUGCUGAACCUGAUAAAGAUGCUUGAUCGUCUCUACUUCAGAUUGGAACACCGCGCCUUUGAACUUUUGGUCAUCUGGGAUAUACCUUUAACGAAGCUCCGUAAAUGGACAUCAAGGACUUUCGACGAGUUUUUAAGUAGCCUCCCAGAAGUUUCGUUCAGGCCUACAGCCGAGGAGCAAGCCUCUCUGGCCUUCUACGUUCCCUUUCUGAUCCAGCUCAUUCGACCUCAAUAUAGCUUGCAGGUUAUUCAGAACGCCCUCAAGACGCGGACUUUAACGCAGCAAGAUUUAGAUCGAUUCAAAGAGAACUAUAGAACUCGGCAAUGUCCACCUAGCCUUCUCGGUACUUUGGGUGACUUCCGGACUCCACAUUGCAAACUUGAUGCGACAUCGUCACGACCAUCACAACAGCUGCUUACCUCGAACGAAGAUGACUCUGACUUGGAUAGCGCCUUACAUCUCGAUAAAUUGUUUCCAGCUAUUGUUGGCAUACACAUUGAUGGCUAUACUACAUUUGAUUUGUCACUAGACCUGCAGCGAAAAGCAUCACUGGCCCACAGACGGCAGGAAGUUUGCAACAGGAUCGAGAGACAUAACACUCGCAUACACCAGUAUGAGUGGUCCGAGGAAUUCCACUUACCUGUGGCCAAUCAAGUCAUUGAUGAUUUGGUACGCAUUAUUUUCUGA